AUGAACAGUUCAGAAGGAAAAGGGUCUGGAGGGCAGCUGGGGUAAAACCAAAACAAUGGCUAACACUGUGAAGGCAUUAGCACACAAUAAAGCAUGCAAGCACAUGCAGAACAAGCUAGAUGACUGGUGUAGCAGCUAUCAUAUGAACUCAUGUGACAAUAAUCUGGAUGUUUGCUGUGACCUCCUCAAGAUAAAUGCAAAAGUUCAGGGACACCUUUUGACAAUACUCAACGACACAGCUCGGGACAGUGUCCAUGACCAAGGUGGUGAAAGUUCCAGUGGAUAUGAUCCGCCCCGGUGGGGAUCCAGCUUUACCCACAGUACCCCAGUUAAGGAUACCAGCGUUUCCCUUUUUCGGGAAUCACAGGACAGAGACUUGAAGCUGAAAGAGCUAUCCGUUUCUAGGGACUUGGAGUUGCAUAGAUUGGACAGCAAGAAGACAUCUACACACCUAGAACCUUACUCUGCAGAUCAAUCAAGCAGCUCUUUUUACCCACUGAAAUACUCCAAACACUCAUUUAAUGAGUCAAUCGAUUCCAGCAUACUUCCAGACUCCUCUCGACGUGAACUUCUUGUCUCCAGGUUUAUUUACAUAUUUUCCAACGAUAGACUUGAAGUCCAGAAUCUCCUCGGACGUUUCAUUGAUGACUUAGAGAUGAUCCAUAGAAUCAUUUUUAUCGCAACAGUGGAAUCAUUUCAUGCAGCCAAGGUGGCUUUUAUGCACUUCAAACGAAGUGUGAGGAAGCACUUGAUUUCAUUCUACUCGGGGCCCAAAACGUUGGAGGAAGCUGUGAACGAUUUCAUCACUCGCCACUUGGAUUGCUAUGAUGUCCAGUCUUGUAUCAAUGAUGUCAUUGGGGUAAUGAAACUGAAUCACAAAAUAUCGUUCCUAAGCAAGAUUGACUUCACGUUGCUUAGUGAGUUUUGCCGCGAGGUGUGCCAGGUUGCUUUUGCCAUGCAUACUCUUGAAAAACCACUGGACCUGGCACUCGCUGUGGACGGAGAGCACUUUGAUGAAACCAAAUAUCUCCGUACCUAUGACUCUGACAUGAGAGCUUCAACUGUUUAUUAUCAUGUGUGGCCAGCACUAGUGCAGAACAAUAAAGUAAUUGUGAAAGGUGAAGCCGUGACUAGGAGACUUAAUCAGGCCUCUAGAAGCCGCAGUCCUUAUCGUCGUAGCAGUCUAUCUCCAAGUAGGCAGCGUCAUCGUGCGUGUCUCACAACAUCAAUGUUAAAAUCUUGAAAGAGAGAAUUAACCAGUAGGUUAAGGCUUUGGGCCAUUUAAAUCUGUCCAGGGCCCACACAUUGCAACACAGCCGAACAGCCUUUUCUAGUCUUGCAAUUUCUCCUUUUCAAGCCAAGAACUGCAGCAGUAUCCAAUGUAACAAUCUGUUACCAAAACUAUCGCGUUACAACACCUAGAACA